UCCACCGGAAAGGGUGGGCGAAGGGAACUGCCGCAUCCGGCGGCCUGUGUCACAGCGGCCCCGGAACGGUGGGAUUAGAUUUCCUGAGGCGGAGGGUCAGGCAGCGACUGCAGCGCACCGAGGCCCGCGGGGACGGAUCGGUCGCCCCUGCAGUGGUCCAGAGGCUAUCACUAGCGGAGAGAGUGUCCUGUGCGGCCAGCGUGCGAAGAUAUGGAUCACAAACUUUCACAGUUGAUAGAGGAGCUCACAACGUCAGGAGAAACCCAACUGAAUGCUCAGAAAAUGAAGGAACUGAAGAAAAUUUGCAAGUCUUCCGAGGAGCAGCUGAGCCACGCCUACCACCUGCUGAAGACACAGCUGACCCAGGACCAUGCUGAGAUCCGCCUCUCAGCCUUCCAGAUCGUGGAUGAGCUCUUCACCAGGUCUCAUCAGUUCCGAGUGCUGCUUGUUUCUGACUUCCAGGAAUUCCUGGAGCUCACACUGGGCACAGAUAAUGAGCAUCCCCUGCCACCCCCACGGGAGGCAGCUCAGAGGCUAAAGCAGGCAGCCAUGCAGGCUGUGGAAGGUUGGAAUGAGAAGUUUGGGGAGGCCUAUAAGAAGCUAGCCUUGGGCUACCACUUCCUAAAACACAUCAAAAAGGUGGAUUUUCGGGAUGUCAAUGCUAGGUCUUUGGCAGAAAGGAAGCGAGAAGAGGAGAAACAGAAGCACUUGGAUAAAAUCCACAAAGAAAGUGCUGAACGGGCUAAGAGAGAAAUGGAAGAAAUGUCUGAUGAAAUUGGAUACAGCCUGACAGAAGUGGAGAACUGCUUUAAACUUCUCGUGCCCUUGGACUUUGGCCCAUACCCAGAGGAUAAAUUCUUUGCUGAGGCAUCUGGCAUAACAGAGGGCCAUGUUCCUUGUGUCUUGAGCCCAGACCUGGCAACUUCUCGUGAGUCUGGUCUCCCUUUAUCUCAGAAUGAAGAGCAGCCAUGCUGUAGCAAGGACCUGGUUGACUCUGCAUACCAUGUAGGAUCUGCUGUUGGUCUGAAGGCACUGGCCCUAACAGCCACACAAGACCUCUCCAGGGAUGAGGAUGAGCACAGUGACCCGGAGGAGUUCCUGAGGAGCCAUGGGCUAGGAUCACACAAGUACACUCUGGAUGUGGAACUCCCCUCAGAUGGUCUGAAGGUGCAAGAGAAUGAAGACAACCUUGCUGUCCUCCAUGCUGCUAGAGAUUCGCUCAAACUCAUCCAGAACAAGUUUCUGCCAACUGUGUGCUCCUGGGUCCAGCGGUUUACCCGUGCAGGGAUCUACAGCGAACACUUAAAGCAGGCCAUAGACCUGAAAAUGAAAUUGGAGCUUGCUCUGAAGAAGUGUGAGGAACUGAGCAUCAAGCCUGAGAGAGAGCCGAGGAGUAGGACAGAAGCCCUGGAGGACAGCGAGGAUGAGGACCAGGACUUUGUGGAAGUCCCAGAGAAAGAAGGUUAUGAACCUCGAAUCCCUGACCACCUCCGGGCUGAAUAUGGGCUGGAGCCGGGGGCCCCACUGAAGACUCUAGAGAAGGGCACAGCUGUGUGCAGCUUACAGGAGAGGACGAGGAUGAGAAAGGAAGAGGAGGCAUCAGACCCCACCUCUGCAGCUGCCCAGCUGUUGCGACUCCAGGAAUGCUUGCCAUCUACCUCAUCCUCCUCUCCCGGGGUACCUCUGGGGCCAGAGGAAGCCCAGAAGCAGGCAGAGCGGGCCCGAGCACCCAUUGUACCCUUCGGAGUGGACCUGUGUUACUGGGGCCAGGAGAAGCUAACGGCUGGAAAGAUCCUUAAAUCUGACUCUCAACACCGCUUCUGGAAACCCAGCGAGGUAGAGGAGGAGGUGGACAGUGCCCAUGUUUCUGAGAUGCUGCAUAGCCGACACAUUACCUUUGCAGGGAAGUUUGAGCCUGUGCAGCACCAGUGCCGGGCCCUGAAGCCUAAUGGCAGGCUCUGUGAGCGCCAGGAUCGACUGAAGUGCCCAUUCCAUGGGAAGAUCAUCCCCAGAGAUGACAAGGGACAGCCCCUCAACCCAGAGGACAGAGCCCGUGAACAAAGGCAGCGGUUUCAGCAGCAGCAGGCACAUCCAGGUUGGCAGGAUCCUGAGUUUAUGAAGGAUGUGGAGGCAGCCACAGGAGUGGACCUCGGCUCGUCCAAGUAUAGCAAGAAGGGCAAAGGGAAAAAGAAGAAGCACCCCAACCUCACUGACCUGCGAGAGCGUGCCAACACCAGCCGGGCCCGCCUGGAGAAGAAGGUCUUUGCCAAGGCAGCCGUGCAGAGAGUAGUUGCUGCCAUGAACCAGAUGGACCAGAAGAAACACGAGAAGUUUGCGAACCAGUUUAAUUAUGCACUGAAUUGAAGGGUGUGGGGGAUGUGCUGUGGUUCCCUUUGGCCUUCAGCUUACUAGGAUAGGUGACUAGGGUUAGGUCUGGGUAAAUCAGAAUUUGUCUUUUAUGAGUGUAAGUAACAAUGGAAAAUGAUACAUUAGGGCGCUCUACAGGAGGCCGGGGAAUGUAGCUUAGUGGUAAGGCCAGAGCAUGGUCCAACAAUUUUAACCAUGCAUAUGGCACCACACCUAUAAUCCCAGCACUUGGGGACAUAAACAGGACUGUGAGUUCUAGGCCAGUAUGGAUUAGAAAGGCUGCUUGAAAAGCAGCAAAAAGCUGUAUGAGGUGAUGUACACCUGUCAUCCUAACACUUCGGAGGCAGAGCAGAGAAUCAACACAAGGUUAAAAACUAGCCGAGUAUACGUAGUCAGUUACAGGCCUGAAGAUUUCAUAAGGAGGGUAUGUUUCUGGGGGCGGGGAGCCCCUCAGCAGAGCCUACAGAAUUGGAGUUUAGGGGUCAAGGCAGGUACCCCAUCUGGUUGCAGGUCAGGCUUUGGGCAUAAGUAUGUCUCCAUUAGGGCUAUGUACUUAUGAUGGCUUUAGAAACCUUCUCUUUCAUGCACACACUGUUUAAUACAGAUGCACAGGGAGCUGGAGAGAUGGCUCAGAGGUUAAGAGCAUUGCCUGCUCUUCCAAAGGACCAGAGUUCGAUUCCCAGCAACCACAUGGUGGCUUACAACCAUCUGUAAUGAGGUCUGGUGCUCUUGCAGGCAUACACACAGACAGAAUAUAUUGUAUACAUAAUAAAUAAAUAAAGAAAGAAAAAGAAAAAUACAGAUGCACAACUCUUAGCACAGAGCUCUGUGGAAUGGCUCUGUUGAACCCUAACUCACAUAUCAGGUUGCCUAGUACAGACACAGAUGUGUAAUCAGUGACACUAUCUGCUCCCAGAACCUUAUCACCCUAGGAUGAAUUGCCUGCCCACCCCACCCCUGAGCCCCCUUUCUGUUUCAGGAUUUGUGUUUUCUAGAAUAAUGGGGUCUGUCACCUUUUGUUUCUGCUUUUUGUUUUGUUUUUUUGAGAUGUGGUCUCUUCAUGUAGUUCUGACAUUCCUGGAGCUCAGAUGUAGACCAGGCUGGCCUCAGACUCACAGGGGUCCUCCUACCUCCACCACUUGAGUACUUGGAUUAAAGGAGCAAGGCCAUGUGCCACCACUCCUGGCUGAGUCCAGCGCCUUUUGUUUCUGGCUUCUUUCCCUUUAUUUUAAGGUUCUUCCAUGUUGUAAGACACACUAAUACUUCAUGUCCACCAAGCCAGCCUUACAGAGAAUUCUAGAAGUAAUACUUUGGACUGAAGAGAGGAAUACGCAUAGUUAAGAGACUACAGAAAGAAAAUAAGUGAAGCUGUAAUCACUGAAAUACAAAAUAGGGCGAAGAACACAAAAAGCAAAACAACAGUAACCAGCACUUUAAACGAUGACUGUAAGGCCUCAGCUCCGCAGCCAAGAGCUGGGUAGUUCACUAGAUUAAGAACUCACCUCUGGUGGGCGGUGGUGGCGCAUGCCUUUAAUCCCAGCACUCGGGAGGCAGAAGCAGGUGGAUC